CUUGAAAGGUGUCAAUAUCGCGUCGAUAAUAUAAACACGACCUAUUUUUAUCGUUUAUGAUUUUAAGUCUAAAUUUAAUUAUGCACAUAAAAUGUAAAAAUGUUUGCCGGAAAAAAACUUUGGUUUAACUUAAGCUGCCUCAAUAAAUACCUUUGUAAUCCUAGAUAUCAAACUUAUGUUGGAAAGUUGGUAACAAGCCUUGUGCAUUAUAAAAGUAUGGCAGUGCCCAGUCGUGCUAGAGUUUAUUCCGAUGUGAAUUCUCACAAGCCCAGGGAAUACUGGGAUUAUGAAAGUUAUGUUGUUGACUGGGGUCAACAGGACGAUUAUCAACUUGUUAGAAAGCUCGGCAGGGGCAAAUAUAGUGAAGUUUUCGAAGCUAUCAAUGUUACAAAUAACGAAAAAUGUGUAGUCAAAAUUUUAAAGCCUGUAAAAAAGAAGAAAAUUAAAAGAGAAAUAAAGAUUUUAGAGAAUUUAAGGGGCGGUACAAAUAUAAUAACAUUAGAAGCAGUAGUGAAAGAUCCGGUGUCGCGGACUCCAGCAUUAAUAUUCGAGCACGUGAACAACACGGAUUUCAAACAGCUUUACCAAACACUAACAGAUUUCGAUAUUCGCUAUUACUUAUACGAGCUGCUUAAAGCGUUGGACUACUGUCACAGCAUGGGCAUAAUGCAUAGGGACGUGAAACCUCACAACGUGAUGAUCGACCACGAGAACCGAAAAUUGCGUUUGAUCGAUUGGGGUCUGGCGGAAUUUUACCAUCCAGGUCAGGAGUACAACGUCAGGGUGGCGUCCAGGUACUUCAAGGGCCCCGAAUUGCUCGUCGACUAUCAAAUGUACGACUAUUCUCUCGACAUGUGGUCCUUGGGCUGUAUGCUCGCAUCAAUGAUAUUCAGAAAAGAGCCCUUCUUCCACGGUCACGACAACUACGAUCAACUAGUGCGCAUUGCCAAAGUCCUAGGUACUGAAGAGCUUUUCGAAUAUCUAGACAGAUACCAUAUAGAAUUAGAUCCACGAUUUAACGAUAUUUUAGGAAGACAUUCGAGGAAACGAUGGGAGCGUUUCGUUCACAGCGAAAAUCAGCAUUUGGUUUCGCCCGAGGCGCUGGACUUCUUGGACAAACUGCUGCGCUACGACCAUCUGGAACGGCUGACGGCGCGCGACGCCAUGGACCACUCGUACUUUUACCCGGUGGUGAAGGAGCAGUGCCGCAUCAUGUCGACCGUGUCGUCGUCCCCCACCCCUUUGACCGGCAACCUGUCGGUGGUGGGCGUGGGCGAAUAGCCGCCCUCCCGGCCCCCCUCCUCGUCCUCGUCCUCCUCCACUUCCCCGACUUCUUCUUGAUCAGCCCAGCCACUGUGUCAUCUUCCCUAUUAUCGUCCGGAACGAUUGUGGGCUAUCAGUUAUCGUUUAACGGCAAGUUUAUUUUCUUAUUUUUCAUAUCUGCAUAUUAUUUUUUGUUUAUUGAUUUUCCCACGACUAGUAAUGUUGACCGCUUCAAAUGAUUUUAUUCAAGAUACACAUACCGUAUUAAUAUCUGCGGCGGUUGCAUAUUGGCAUUACUCAUCCAUUCAAUUAUAAUUAUUACCAGUAAAUAAAAAAAUGGAAAUAUAGAUUUGUUACCAAUACUUGUAACAAAAAUUGUAUGUAGUUUUUUCAUAUGCGAUGUACUAUAUUGUUAAAAUAUGUGUAAUUGUAAUAUUUUUUCUAUUAUUAAAAUUGAAAACAACAAAUACCUAUCUCUACAUAUUGGAAUUUGUUCGCAGAAAAUUUCUAGUAGAGCAACGUAAAUGAUUCUUGUAAAUUACUAUUAAAACUCAUUCCCUUCAAUCUACUAGUAACUUUCUGAAUCAAUGUAAUUCACACUGAUUACUGGAAUAAAAAAUAUGUAAAUUAUUUAUGUUUAUUUAUGAGACUUGUUGUAUUUAAGUUGUGCAAACCAAUACAAAAAACUUUGGCUUGUACGAACGUGUGCCGUUUGACUACAGCAGCUUUAUUCGUGUCAUGUCAUGUCAUGUUUUAUACUGGCGUGCGUGAAAACUUGAAAACAUGAACUAAACUGAACAUUCAUUUUUAUGUUUGUAACAACUACUAUCUGAACAGAUUAACAACAGACGGACAGAUUUUUUAAAAUCAAUUUGUUCUCAGUUAUUUCGUUUGUAAAUUAUCUUUUUGCAAUAAACUUUAUAAGAAAAUUUCA